AUGGAUACAAGUUCACGUAUGAAUUUUGCAAACCUGGCUUUCAGAGACCUGAACAGGACUAAUCCUUGUAUCAAAUAUGUGGAUUCAGAUGUGGUUUUAUAUGUUGGUUCACUAAAUGCCGAUAUAGAUGUUAAUGAACAGGAGGUUGUUGUUGAGAGACUGAUGGAUGAUUUCAACUGCGUUCACACUUUUCUUGCGAAUGAACUCUUCUCUAAAUUAUAUCAUGGUUUCUGCAAGUACCAUCUACGGCCUAUAUUCCAUUACAUGCUCCCAAUGUGCGAAAAGCAUGGUGACCAAUUUGAUCAGGGAAUGUGGCAGGCUUAUAUCUCUGCAAAUAAAAUAUUAGCAGACAAAGUAUUAGAAGUGGCAAAUCCCGAGACUAAUUAUAUUUUGAUUCAUGACUAUCACCUCAUGGCGGUCCUUGUGUUCUUGAGAAAUAAGCGCUACAGGGCCAAGCUCGGAUUCUUUCUCCAAAGUCCAUUCCUUGCAUCUGCAGAGAUCUAUCGAACACUUCCUGUAAGUGCAGACAUUCUGAAGAUUUUGUUGAACUGCGAUCUCAUCGGGUUUCAUACUUUCGAUUUUGCUCGCCACCUCCUCUCAUGUUGUAGUAGAAUGUUGGGACUGGACUAUGAGUCCAAACGAGGACAAAUUGGGCUGGAUUAUAGUGUGAAAGUCAAGGAAUUCGAAGGGAAGUUCAAGGGGAAGCAUGUAAUUGUUGGUGUAGACGACAUGAACUUAUUCAAGGCAAUUAGUCUGAAGUUAUUAGCAUUUGAACAACUAUUGAGGAAGUAUGAAAACUUGCGGGCUAUUGUGGUUCUUGUUCAAAUUAUCAAUCCUGAAAGAAGCUCAGGAGAAGACAUCGAGGAAGUGAGAAGGGAGAAGUAUGGAACUGCUAACAGGAUUAAUCAGAUUUAUGGUUCUUGUGGUCAUCAACUAGUGAGUCUAAUUGAUCGACCAGUUGAUCAAUGUGAAAAGAACGCCUGCUAUGCUGCCUCGGAAUGUUGCAUAGUAAAUGCUGUAAGAGAUGGAAUGACUCUAGUCCCUCACAUGUAUAUCAUUUGUGGGCAGGGCUCUUCAACUGUGGAUGAAGCUAGCGGAAUUAUGUCUUAUUUUCCUCGAACAAGUGUGCUAAUUAUUUAUAAAUAUGUUGGAUGUUCUCCAUCUCUAAGUGGAGCAAUCAGAAUAAAUUCAUGGGAUAUUAGUUCCUUAGCUGAGGCUAUGCAUUCUGCGGUCACCAUGGAUAAUUCUUUAAGGCAAUUAAGACAUGAGCAGAACUAUAAUUACGUUCAGUCUCAUGAUGUGGCAUAUAUGGCUCGCAGUUUCCUGCAUAGCAUGGAGAGAGCAUGUCUUGAUAACUAUAAUUAUCAAUGUUGGGGUUUGGGCUUCAGUUUCACAUUCAAAGUUGCUGCCCUCUCCCUAGGUUUUCAAAAAUUAUUUUUUGAAAGCAUAGUUCCUGCAUAUAAAAAGACAAAUAGGAGGGCUAUAUUUCUAGACUUUGAUGGCACCCUUGUUCCUCAUUUCUCAACCAAGAACACAGCCAAGCUCCGCUGA